AUGGGAAACACGGAUGAUAUAACUUUGAAUAAUAUAAAGGACCAGUUGAGGAGUCGAUUAGAUGGGACUUUUAAGUGGAAUUUGCUCAGAGAACUGCAAAAUAGGCUAGAAUCUGCGGGAAAAAACACAAAGGAACUGCUUAAUGUAAACUCUUGGUUUAAAAAUGAGCUGGAGACCCUAGUAGAUUCCAAGGAAGAUGAGACCGUUGACCCUAGGAUCGUGGUCGUCGCACAAAGCAUACUUGACUUGAUCGACAUGAAGUCGAACUACUCCCUAAAGACGCAGGACGAAAUAUUUAUACACACAGCCAAGUAUGUGCAAGACGGAGUAUUUAAAAUCAUGAAGGGAGCAGAAGUUUCAAACAAAAAUGAAUUUUCAUUCGACGUUUGUGAAACCCUGGCCUACUAUAAGUGCAACAACGCAACGCCGACGAUCGUGGACGACGCGAUUAACUCAAAGAUACUCAGAUUCUCGAACCUGUUCACGGAGUUUUGCAGAUCAAAGAACUUUAACUGCGAGCUGAAACCACUGAGGAACAAUUGUGAUGUAAGGAACAGGUUAUUUGAGCGAAUUUUAGACGGAAGUCACAGUAUAUGGAAGAAUAGGAUCAGAGGGAGAGACGCCCAUAGAUCUACUCAAUGUGACAUUACAAGGGAGUACGACGCUGGAUAUGGGCCUCAAGGUGCAGGUUCAAAACCUGGUAAGAGCCUUAAUUUUACAUUUUAUCAGCAUCACAUGGACGAAGUGUGCAUGUUUCCAGGACAGAUGGCGGCAGUUACUGGACUCUUUUUUGAAGAUAAUUUCGGAAUGAAGUACGUAACGAGUGAUAUAAGAUGCGGAAUACCAGUGGAUAAGCCAGUUGUAACAUUAGCAUCUCAGAAAAAAUUUCUGGAUGAGAAUUUACAUAUCGUAGCUGUUAAAGGAGCACUCUUAACAGAAGACUUGCAACAAAGAAAUUUUGUAAACAUAUUUCAAAAGUUGAAAAGGGAUAGACCACACGUGGUUUUUUUUACAGGACCAUUUGUAAGUGUAAAUCAAAUGGCGAUCGAAGGAUACGCACUGAGUAAACUAGGCGACAUGACGUUUCUAUAUACCAAGUUUCUAGCAGACCUAGCUAAUUUAGCGCAACUGGGACCUUUGAAGAGUACUAAGUUUGUAAUAGUUCCUCACUGUUAUGAUGGUAAAUUGGAUUGA